AUGACUGCUAAUUCAGUCAAGGUUCAAGCGAGUCAGCUUCGACGAGCGUUAUUUUUGAGUGGUACCGAUAAGAAUAUUGCUGGUCUUGGUCAAAUGAAAGGAACAGUUGUAAUUAAUCCAGACAUUUGGUUAGGAAAACCUGGAUAUCAAGGUUACUUAAACAACCGAGUAGCAGUUUUACCUGAGAUUAUGCAAGAUCCUGGUUAUUUCACUACGAUGAGCGGAAAAUGGUAUAUUUGGUGUACUGCUGAAAGACUUCCUACGAGUCGAGAUUUGGGUGCGAUGAGCUGCCAUGACCGGUUUCGUCUUUUGCUCAAGAAGACUCAUUAG